AUUAGAGAGCAAAUCGGCACUAGCAAGGUAUUUCUUCUAAAUUCAGACAAUUAUUCCUUUUUUUUCUUUUUCCUAUCAAAAUUCCUUUUUUUUACUUUGUAAAUCUACAAUGGAGGCUUCGUCGUCUAGAAGCAAACCUCAUAGUUCAAGUUUUCACCACCACUUUCAACGAUCCACUUCACCGUCGGGUCGAUUCUGCUCCUAUUCCAUGUCGUCCUCGACCUCACCUAGUUUCUCCAGUUUUUCAACCAGAGACUCCGAUUACCUGACCCGAUCCACUUCCCCGACCCGUGUCAAUCUUCGUAGAGCCGUUUCCCCAUCGCCAAAUGUACGGUUUUCUGCCUCUACCAGCCGUUCGAUUUCAGUUCAUCCUCAUCAACAGAAGCAGAAUAGCAGGCCUUUGCAGUCCAAUCAGAAGAAAACGUGCAUGUGCUCGCCGACAACGCAUCCAGGCUCAUUCCGUUGCAGUCUUCACAAGAACAUGAGCCAGAAUCGGGGACAUUCCAAUUCGUCGUCGUAUCGGUCGAGUUAUCACCUGAACAUGAGGAGAUCGGCCAUGACUAACUCGCUCGUUAGGAUUGGAACUGUUGAAGGUGAACUGGUAAAGAGAGCGCUUGCCGCUUUGAUUCGCCCGUCAUCUCAUCAUCUCAGGCGGAGAGAUGAUUUUCAGCCGCGGCCUAGCCGGCUCUCCGUCAUGUCCAAAGCCGAAGAUUUAUGAUAGUGUUUUGAAUCGUUUUGAUGUACAGUUCCGGCGUUAGCGUUUUCCAGUUACGGGUUGGAUCAGCUCACUAAGCCAGCACGGGUUGACUCGGGGGAAGGCCUUAUUACUUUUUUGUAUUUUCAGGCGAAAGCCCGUGCCCUUUAAGCCCAUUCCCACUAUCCCAACCCCCAAAAUUUUGUAUUCUUUUAUUUUUAAACUAGAUAAUAGACCAGAAGAGAGUGCAGCAUGUUAUAUACAGCUCUCAAUAUAUCACAGCUUAAUCUAUAAUAUGCUCUUAAAUAUCACAUUUUAAUCUAUGA